AAUUCGAAUGAGAUUCUUUCCACCAUCGCUAUUCGCUAAGCCUCCUCAUCUCCUCACUCCUCGGUUAUCGGUCCUCACAGGCUCUUUCAUGAAAGUCUGAACUGAGCGGAAGCAGACCAUCUCCGUCCUCCAUCCAUGGCGAGGACCUUAAUCUCUUCUUCUCCCUUCACCGGCACCUCUCUCCCUUCCGUCUCUCGCCACUCCUUCCCUCGCCGUAGACUCAUCACCACCACCAGAGCGAAGCUCGUGAGCUUCCCCCAUGACAUCCCCCCAAUCCAUUCCCUCGAUUACUCGGUCGAUGUCAACGCCAUUGUUAGCCGCGCCGAAGGCUUUCUCUACACGCUCGCCGAUGCCGCCGCUUUUGUCGACUCCGCCGGCGCCGCUGAUCCCGCUGCCGCAGUCCAGAAAAACCAAGGGUGGUUUGGAUUUAUCUCGGACGCCAUGGAAGUCGUUCUCAAGGUGUUGAAGGAUGGACUUAAUGCUGUGCAUGUGCCUUAUGCAUAUGGAUUCGCUAUUAUUUUGCUUACUGUUAUUGUUAAAAUUGCGACAUAUCCUUUGACAAAGAAGCAGGUUGAAUCAACAUUGGCUAUGCAAAACCUUCAACCAAAGAUCAAAGCCAUCCAAGAAAGAUAUAAUGGCAAUCAGGAAAGGAUACAACUUGAGACAUCAAGGCUUUAUAGGCAGGCUGGGGUUAAUCCUCUGGCAGGAUGUUUCCCAACUUUGGCUACUAUACCAGUUUGGAUAGGUCUAUAUCAAGCUCUUUCAAAUGUGGCAAAUGAGGGACUGCUGACAGAAGGUUUCUUCUGGAUUCCAUCUUUGGGUGGCCCAACAACAAUUACAGCUCGACAAAGUGGAUCAGGAAUUUCUUGGCUGUUUCCAUUUGUGGAUGGACAUCCACCACUGGGCUGGCAUGACACUGCAGCAUACCUUGUUUUACCUGUUCUCCUCAUUGUUUCUCAGUAUGUUUCAAUGGAGCUUAUGAAGCCUCCCCAGACUGAUGAUCCAUCUCAGAAGAACACGCUUCUUGUUUUGAAGUUUCUUCCUCUCAUGAUUGGUUACUUUUCGUUGUCCGUCCCAUCUGGGUUGUCAAUUUACUGGUUCACCAACAAUGUCCUCAGCACUGCACAACAAGUAUGGUUACGAAAUUUGGGUGGUGCAAAGCCUGUUGUGAGUGAAAAUGCAAGUGAGAUCAUUAGUGCAGGGCGUGCAAGACGAUCGGCUUCUCAGGCAGUACGAAGUGGUGAUAGAAACAGGUUCAGACUGCUGAAAGAGGAAGAAAAGAAAAAGAAAUUGAGCAAGGCACUGCCAGCAGAGAACCUUGAGACUCCAGCUUCUGCAUCUGAUUCUGAUGAUGGCUUAGAUGAAGAGACAACAGACAAGGGCGAGGAAGUUCUAGAAGGGGCAUAUGGUUCCAGUAGUAGUAAACGAGUUCCAGAUUAUUCUGGUCCAAGGAGAAGCAAGCGAUCAAAGCGGAAGCGUGCAGUAUGAAAACUAUUGAUUUGUGUGUAAUCUACGGUGAGUCUUGUAUGUUUUAUCAAACUGUAAAUUGUAUCCUAGUUAUUUAUAGUGGCCAUUUUUGUAUGUUGGCUCAUUCCUUCCACAAUGUCCUAUCGCAAAUAAUGAAAGUCUAUUGUCCAUCCAAUCAGAAAAAUAUCCACAUUCAACAUCA